AACCCAAACAUCGUCGUCGUCGUGCCACCGCCAGUAGGUUGCAUAGACGCCAUUGUGUCAACAUAAUUCUCUGCGACGCUCUGCUUCCAUUUUUUUAAUCACCCUGACGGCGACAAUGUCUUACGGACGCGGCAAUAAUGAGUGCCGGAUAUACGUGGGGAACCUCCCACCCGACAUCAGGACGAAGGACAUAGAAGACCUCUUCUACAAGUUCGGCAAGAUCGUCUUCAUCGAUCUCAAGAAUCGGCGGGGGCCGCCCUUCGCCUUCGUCGAGUUUGAAGACCCCAGAGAUGCAGAAGAUGCAGUUCAUUCAAGAGAUGGAUACGACUAUGACGGUUACAGACUGCGAGUGGAGUUCCCUCGUAACAGCUUACCUGGAGCGUCAAGGGGAAGCUCUGGCCGAGGAAGAGGACGUGGACCCCCUGCAAGAAGGUCACAGUACAGAGUAUUAGUAACUGGUUUGCCUCCAACUGGCAGCUGGCAAGAUUUGAAGGAUCACAUGCGAGAAGCAGGUGAUGUAUGUUAUGCUGAUGUCUAUAAAGAUGGUACAGGAGUUGUUGAGUUCCUCCGCUACGAAGAUAUGAAGUAUGCCGUGAAAAAAUUGGACGAUUCAAAGUUUCGCUCACAUGAGGGUGAGAAUUCUUACAUCAGAGUGAAAGAGGACUAUGGCGGCUCAAGCCCAGCAUCUGGUGGGGGUGGCGGGGGCCGGGGACGUUCAAGAUCGCGUUCCCGCUCACCCAGAGGUUACCGCGGGUCUCCAACUUACUCUCCUGUUCGCCGCUCUUACUCUGGGUCGCCUUCACGCUCCCGGUCAAGAUCAAGAAAUCGCUACUAGAUCCGAAGCUGUUUCAUCAUUGCCUGACUUGGCUUCAGAAAAGUCUGCUCCCAAUAAUGCUAAUAUGGUGAUGUGAAAACAGCACCAAUGCUAAGUUGGUUUGUCAAGUUAGAGCACAUCCAUGUAAGGAGCAGUGUGCUCCACUGACCUAUGGUGCCCUUCAAGCUGACCUGACGAUAUCCCUGGACCUUUUCAGCCCUGGGCACUGGACUGGAUGGCGUCAGGUCUGCACUGUUACCAGUCACGCAUGUCCCACUUGCCCUUUGGUCCACUGGCUGUCCUCACAGUUAAAAAAUUAAUCCUUUUCUUUCGUAAGGUCAUCAAUAUUGUGUGUUAACAGACUUUUUAUUGGAUGUUCUAUUUCAAUUUAUAUAUUUACAUACCUUAUAUACAUAAGAUAUAUGUAUGUAUAUAUAUAUAUAUACAUCAUCCCUUUUUUUUUUGUGAUGUUUUGUGCCACAAGUUCACAUACUUGUCUGGACAGUCAGGAAAUUCAAAUGCAUAGUUGGUGUUGCUCACGGUAGCUCAUUGAAUUUGUUUUUGUGGAAGUGUAAUUUUUGGGAAAGUUAUUUUGUACUUUUUUAGCUUUUUUAUUGAGGAACUUAUUAAGACCUGAUUGCAGGUGUAUGAUGUUUGAGGUAAAAUUUUUCAGUAUUAAACAAUUCUUUGAUGUUUAUACCGUAAUACAAAGGGCAAGUUAGAUUUUACAUUAUGUAAGUGUAGUACGUUAGAAAAGUAUAUAUAAAGUAUACAUUAUAUUGUGGCAAGUGUGCCAUGGACUACUUUUAGUUUUAGCUUCCUACCUUUGUUCUCACAUUCCAUUCUGUCUUCUGAGUCUGAGAACCUUUUUUGUUAACUGAUAUUUUUCUUAUUCAUUGUGGAAACACAUGUGAACCAUAUAUUGUUCAAAUGAGAGUUUCUUGAAAUUAUUUUGUAUUAAAAAAAAGAAAAGAUGUUUUACCUGUAUACAAAGAAAUGUUAGUAACAAAAACUAAUGGUUUGUUUUUCUUUCUACACAGUCCCGUAGCUAGUAGGCUGCUGCAAUAUGAGCAUCCUCCCUGCCAAAUUUCGUAGAUUUUGGAAAGCUAUAGGAUUUAAGAAGUGGAGGAGGAGAGAGGAUGUUUCACAAAAAGCCUGGUGGACCCCCACAGGAUCUCUUGAGAAAAAGGAUCAGGAGGAUAACAUGCUGCAGCCAGCUGGCAAGGGGAAGGAUCUCUCACACUAGAAUCACAAAAUGGAUGAAUUGCUCUCUUAAGGAUCACUCACUUUCCAUGGAGACAGGAUAGAUGCGCUUGCUGAGGAAUCACUCGAGGAUCAUGGAUCACUUAAGGAUAAGGAUUUGGGAUUUGUGAGUUAAGGAUUUAGCUUCCCUCCCCUCAAUUGCCCAAGCUUGAAUACUAUUUAGAAAAAAAAAAAAAAGAAUGAGAGAGUGAAAAAAAAAAGUCCCAUUUAGUCCUGUUUUUCAAAAUUUAGAUCAUUUCAUCCAAGUGAAAUCUAUGCCUUAGUUCAGACAUUUUCACCAUGAGGGUGCAUCUCUUUGUUUCAAAUGCCAGCUUUGAGAGUUUAUAUAUCAGGGAAAGGCCUGAUGGGGUUCAGAUAUUCUAGAGAGUACAGUAUAUGCGUAUUUACACUCGUAAGGGGGAAAGAAAAUAUAUAAAAAGAGGUAACGAAAGCGAGAGACUCGAUUGCAGUAGUUUGUGAUUCGAUUUGACCAUAUAAGAAAUGUCUAUAACAUGUUCUUUUCUUUUCCAGCAGCAAUACCAGGAGAUAUUUUACAAGGGAUUCAUCAAUAAAGGAUAUGUUGA